AUGGCAGAAAAAAUAAUCGAAGUCAAAAAAGUCAGUAAAAGAUAUGACAAUAAAACAGUCUUAAAUAACAUUUCCUUUUCCGUUCGUAAAGGAACCAUUCAUGGUUUUAUUGGUCCUAAUGGGGCAGGAAAAACUACUACUCUCAGUAUCUUAACUCGUUUGGUUUUGCCAACCCAUGGUGAAACUUAUAUUGAUAAUAAAUCAGUUAGUAGAGACCCCAGUUUUAAUAGACGAUUAGGUUUUAUUCCCGCUGAGCCGCGGUUUCCUAGUCUGACGGUAGAAAAUUAUCUGCUUGAUUGCGGUUAUUUGCGAGAUAUUCCCAAAGGAGAAGUUUUAAGAAAGUUGGCUAUUUUCACUUUGAGUCUUUACCGACCAAAAAUAUACUUGUUGGAUGAGCCCUUUAAUGGCUUAGACCCCAGUUUUCGUCAGGAUUUGUUCAACAAUUUAAAAAGUAUUCGCGACAAAGGGGGAACGAUUUUGAUGUCAACCCACAUUCUUUCUGAUUUACAAAAAUUAGCUGAUGAUAUUACUAUGAUUAAAGGAGGAAAAAUUGUUUAUACUGGAACUAAAACGGCGGAUAUUGAAAAAACUUAUGAAGAUUACUUUAUUGAAAGGGUCUCUGACGAAGUUGAAAGGAGACAACUAGAGCAAGAAACAAAAUAUACCGAAGACCAAAAGAGGGAAUUAUUAAAUUUAAAUGAUGAAAUUUUGAAUAACGAGUAUACUUUUAAAGGGACGAUUAAUAAAUCUUAUCAAGGUGCUUUGAUAGGUGAUGAGGAAUCCGCUAAAUGA